AUGUCUGAACCGAUUACUAUUACUACCAAUACGGCGAAUACAGUGAUGUCGACGACUGUGGCGGCUGAGAUAACCACGACGGCGACGACGGCGCCUGCGCAAGUGGAAACUGUUUCAGUUUGUGUUUACGACAUAAAAGAGAUUAACGAGAACGGCGACGACGACGACGACGCGACGUGUUACGAAAACGAUAUCCGUGCCGAAUCAACAGAAUCCGCUCCGUCGGCUCGGGCGGUCUCCGGCAAGACAAAAACUCGCGGAAAAAAAACCAAACCGACCGAUAACGCGGACGGUUAUAUAGAAUCAAAAAAUAACCGUCGUGCAGAUAGCAAAAAAAUGUUUAAAUUAAAUCUCAAACCUAAAAAUUGCCUAGACGACCUGGUCACGGUCUCGACGACGCAGGACGCGGAAUGCGACAAAACAAAGAAGCGAGCGAAAUCAGCCGUUCACAAAGCGUGCUUGGUGCUGGUGGACUGCAUUAAAUUCGAUCCGAAAAAAUAUAACAUAUACGAAAUCGAGAGUUCCGAAAUGGUGCUGCUAAUAAUUAUAGUAAAUACAAAAAAAAUAUAA